CGUCGGAAAACUGUCGGGGAAGUGAAAUCGGAAAGUAAAGCUUGUUUUGGGUUUUCCCCGUUCACCUCAACGACUCCUUUUGGCGACGGGAUCGCCACUGUAACCAGCUGAUUUUGGCUCCAGCUCUCACUUACAGACUGCUCGCUUCGCCGGCGACGAGAAAUUUAGCCUCUGUCUCACUUGCAUUCGCUAAGUAAGUGUGACUCUCUCUCCUCCUUAUCUGCCAUUCUAUUUGCUUGAAAAGAAAAGACCUGUGAAACUAGGGAAUUCCUCUUAUUAAACUGAAAUGCAUUUUUUGUUACUUGUAUUUUAGUUGAUUUGAAGGAGUUUUGUUGCAAAAAUUAGCUUACUUUAUCAAAAAAGAUGUGAUCUUUCAUUGUGAAGUUUACAACUUGUUUAGAGUGAUUACAUUAAAAGCUAAAUGUUAAUGUUAUAAAAACAUUGGUGAGAGGAAAAGAUUCAGUUUCUCAGGUAAUUUGUUGUCUGUUUAGACAUGCUAGUAGUUUAAGGUUUGCUUUCCUAUAUAUACUCUUCUGCUCAUGGUACAUUGGCUUAGUUGCUUACUGUAUUUGCAACUUGUAAGUUGUUGAAAAGAUGAGCUUGUAAGUUGUUGAAAGAUGGCAAAGCGCAAGCGGGCAGCAAGGCAACCUGUUUCUAGAAAACCCUCCACAGCAGGGAAAAAAGGUGAAGAAACAACUAGGAAACCAGUGCCCAAAAAAUCCUCUGCAGUGGACCAAAAUGAAGAAGCAUUUCUGAAUUUUGUAAAUCAAAACAACAAAGAAAAAUGCAGGAAUGAGGACUCGAAUGAUUAUGAAGUUAACAACCUAUCUGAUUCUUGCUCUGGCUCUGACUUUCCCUCUGAGGCAGAUAGUAGCUCACCUUCUUCAUCUUCUUCAAGUGAGAGUGAUGAGCCAUACAAUGCUGCAGAUGGUAGCUCUGACGACUUGUCUAUUAAUAAGCGACCAAGGAAACCAGUUAAAAGGCAUGGUAAAGCAACAGAAAAGGCAAGGAAAUUAUCAAAGAAAGAGGAGAAGGAGAACCUUAAGUUGUCAAGGGUUUUGCGUUCUUCCAAUAGAAAGCCAAAGGAGUUGGAGACUCCUCAUCAGGAUCUGCAGUACAAGAAAGAACUCAAAGCUGCCUUGGGGGUAAUUAAGAAAGUUAUGAAAAUGGACGAGGCACAACCUUUCAAUGUUGCAGUAGACCCUGUUGCUUUGGGGAAACCUGAUUUUUUCGACAUAAUAGACACACCAAUGGAUUUUAGCAUGAUAUGCAGCAAUUUACAAAACAAUGUUAAGUACAAGAACUCAGAAGAUGUCUAUAAGGAUGUAAAAUACAUUUGGGAGAACUGCUUCAAAUACAACAAGAAGGGUGAGUAUAUUGUGUAUCUAGUGAAACGGGUGAAGAAGAAGUUCAUGAAGUAUUGGAUAGCAGGUGGCUUGUACAAUGAGCAAUCAAGAAAACCUAAUGAAAAUUUGCACUUACAGCCUCCUGCAGACCACACCAUUAAGCACGACAGAUAUGAGCCAAUGCAUCAGGUAGGCAACGCAAUUGAUGGAAUCAGCCACAGGCGGCAGAAUGGAGUGGAUCCCAGUCAACCCUAUUGGCAGUUGCCUCCAUUGAGCUAUAGCCAACCUUAUCAAUCACGGCAACCUCCACCAAGCACCAUGUGGCCACAGCUCUCCCAGUUCCCUCCAUCAAGCUCUGGCCAGCCUCAUCAGCUUCAGCAUCUUCAGCCAAGCACCAACCAGCCCCAAUACUCUCAGUUACAGCCUUGUGCUGAUUGUAGCAGUGCAGGAGAUUCACACUUUCAGCCUCAUGAGAAAGUGCAGAAGCAAAAAAAUUAUCCUCCCAGCUCUUCAUUAGGCCCUACUGGCCCCCUCAACCAGUCGCAGCCACUGCAGCCCCAGCUAAUCCACAAACAGCCACUUGUUAUGCAGCAGCCCCAACAGAGUGCCAGUCAUAUGCAAGCUUCUCAAUUGCCGGCUGCUUUAGACACUAGACAUUCACACAUGCCACCUCAUAUGGACUACACAAGGUAUCCUGUCCCUUGUGGUCCAGCAGAUCUUGAAGUAAUGAGCCCCAUGCAAGUACAUCCCUUGAGCAAUGUUCGGUUGGAUGAACCACAGCAGCUGCGGGCAAGCGAUGGCCAGCCUCAGUCUUCCUGGUUCCAGACUAAUGCAGAUAUUGAACAUUCAAUUACAGACUCCGCUACGAGGGGUAUUAGGUGUGCACUGAAGUAUUCUGCUGGCCCCAUUGUGGAUAGCUCUAACCAAGGACAGAAAGAUCAGCUCAGCAGUGGUGUGAAGCUGCCUGAACAGUCACCAAUGAACCAGAAUCAGGGAGACCAAUUACAGCAGCCUACAAAGACAAUGAAGAAAGGGAGAGGUCCAACUCGCUGUCUCUUCCUGAAUGAACUCGAAGAUGGCGAGCGGAUAGUUGUCUCUAUCAACAAACUGGGACAACCCAUUGGUCCUGAGUCAUCUAAGCUUAGCAGCUUCCUGGGUACUGUAGCACGGAAUGGUUAUAUGGCACCCUUAACUUAUUUGCAAUGGAGACAUAUGCCUGAUUCAUACAAAGAGAAAAUGUGGCAACAUGUUCAGACAAAGUUUGAUAUGGAUCCAAGUUGCAAGUCCUGGGUUAUGAAGUCCCUUGCAAAUAAAUGGAGGGACUGGAAGGCAGAAUUAAAGGCAAAGCAUUAUUACCCUCAUAAGACUGAUGAAGAGCGGUUGAUGGACUGUCAUCCAAGGGUUGUUCCUGACCAAUGGACGUUUCUUGUCUCAUAUUGGAACUCUGAUAAUGCCAAGAAGCAAUGCACUACAAAUAAGGCCAAUCGUUUAAAACAGAAAGCUAAACUUGCUUCAGGAUCAAAAAGUUUUGCGAGGAUCCGUGAGGAGGAGAGGAUGAAGAGGCCUGAUGGAAAGGAGCCAACUCGAGCUGAGUUGUAUAUAUUAACACAUACACGACGCAAGGAUGGGCAGCCUGUUGAUGAGAUAGCAGCUGCAAACAUAGCAAAACUCCGUGAACUAGCUACCAAGAAACAGAAUGGCUCAGAAUGUAGUGAUGAUGAUAAUGACACAUUGUGUCAAGUUCUGGGAGAAGAAGAAGACCAUCGCUAUGUCCGCACUUAUGGAUUAGGCCCCACUCCUGAUGAUGUUUAUGGCCCGUCAGCUACUGGACCAAGAGCUACCCGUGACCUCAUAAAUAUUGCAUCUGAUGUUAAGAAGUCAGCAAGUGAAGAAGUAAGGAAGGUGUUAGAGAAAAUGGAAGCCAUGGAACAGAAAUAUGCGAAUAUGGAGAACCAUAUAGCCAGCCUGACUUCAAACAUGCAGAAAUUUCUUGAGAAGUUUGGUGGACCAUCAAACAUUUUGGGUUCGGAGCAGGUCCUCAAUACACCCAAUUCUCUUCAGCUCUUACAUCAGCCACAUCUACAUUCAACAUCAUCAAGUCACGCUGGUGCAAACGGCCGGGGCUAUGCAUAAUGGAUGGUCAGUCCAAACAACCAUUCUUGCAUUUUCUGCACGUGGCUUUAUGUUAAUUGUAAUUACAGUUGUUUUAGUUUACAUUAACAGGAUAUCCGAACCAUUAUUCAAGAAGUUGGAACUGGUUACUCGCAUAUUAUGAAUUUUAUCCACGUCAAUGUUUAGAUGGAAUAAAAUGUUAAUCUAUUU